GGACCUACACUGAAUAAACACUGUACCUUUAACAUAAAUAACCUUGACUUUCAAUACAAGCAUACCUGUCACGAGCUAACUAACCUUAACCGAACUGACAGGAGGGGGAUUGUGUUUUAGCGACUGCGAGUGAUAGGACACGCGAAGGUUGGUGGCUGAGAUUCGACGGCUGUUAUCGGGACGAACGACGAGUAAUCGGAUCAUUCCCCUACAUCUGGCGACUGCGGAUAAAAGAUGGAUGAAAGUCGACCAAUUCCUACGUUUCGUUGUGAGCAAAUUGAAGGCUCGAAACUUGCCAAAGAGUGGCAAGAAUGGAAAGGCUCCCUGCAAUAUUACUUUGAUUCAUAUCAAAUCACGGAUCAAAAGCUAAUGCGUGCCAAAAUGCUACAUUUCGGUGGACCGCAGCUCCAAAAAGUGUUCCGUACCCUAGAUGGAACUGAAGAUUUCCCAUUGAUUGUAGUGCAGAAACCCUGGUAUGAUGUAGCAAUCGACCGGUUGGACCAGUACUUCAAGCCCCGUAAGCAAGAUGUUCUUGAACGCCAUAAGCUCCGAAAUAUCAGACAGCUGCCGAAUGAGCGUUUUGCCCAUUACGUGCUGCGUUUGAGGCAGCAGCUAAUGGAAUGUGGUCUCGAGAAAUACGCUACCGAGGUCAGAAUCAGCAUUGAGGAGAUGAUGUUGGUAGAUGUCAUCGUGGAAGGAUGCGCUUCUCAAGAACUGCGUCGUAGAAUCCUCGAAAAGGACCAAUCACUUUCGGACAUUGAAGCAUUGGGAGCGUCACUUGAAAGUGUCAGAAAUCAGGAGAAGGAAAUGAACGCUGCUGAACUUCGAGACCGCCCAGCUGAAAUAUACAAGGUGCACACCGCUGAUAGAUCGAAGUUUGAGCGUAAACCUGAGCGUUCGGAGAACCGUUUCGCAACACGACCGAUGAAAACCGAUAAAGAGAUGUCAACUAAGUGCUUCGCUUGCGGUUUAGUUGGACACAUCUCAAGAAGCCCAACAUGCCCUGCUAAAGGAAGGACAUGUCGUAGAUGUCAGAGUAUCGGGCAUUUCGAGAAAGUGUGUCGAAAGCGUCUAAGCACACCAAAUUCGAUCGCACCGGGAAGGAAAGUUCACGUGAUUGAAGAUGUCGUGGAGCCGCAGCCAGGACCGGCUGCAGAAGAACCGGAACGAAAGGUCUACUAUACUUUCCAUGCCGGUAACAACACGAACGUGUUCAACUGCAAAAUCGGUGGCGUGGCGGUCGAAAUGUUAGUCGACUCAGGAUCGGACGUCAACCUUAUAACAGCGAAGACUUGGGACGAGUUGAAACGGCAACAAGUUCGCGUAACUGAAUGUGUGAAGGGCUGCAGGAAGACACUCAAGGCGUAUGGAAGUGAUAAACCGUUGGAAGUUCUGGGUACAUUCAGAGCGCACGUCGAAGUUGGAAAGCGUACGAUCGAUGCGGAAUUCUUCGUGACAUUGAGCGGGCAACGGAAUUUACUCGGUGAUGUAACAUCUAAACAGCUGGGUAUUUUGAAGAUUGGUAUGGAGGUUGACCAAAUUAUGGAUGGUGGAGCAGGUCAGGCACCGUACCCCAAGAUUUCGGGAACAAGAAUUCAUAUCCAUAUGAACCCGGAUAUGGUACCGAUUUUUCAACCCGUGCGUAGAAUUCCCAUUCCCCUGGAAGGCGCGGUGAACGCUAAGUUGGAUGAGCUUUUAGCUAAAGACAUCAUCGAAGUCAAAAAUGGACCAGCGGCUUGGGUAUCUCCACUCGUUGUUGCCAACAAAGCGAACGGUACCAUUCGCCUAUGCGUGGACUUGAGGCGUGUCAAUCAAGCUGUAGUACGGGAGCGCCACCCCAUGCCUGUGAUCGACGACAUUAUGACAAAAAUAGGCAAAGGCAAGAUAUGGAGUGUGCUUGACGUGAAAGAUGCGUUCUUUCUUCUCGAGCUGGAUGAUGAGUCGAAGGAUAUAACGACCUUCAUCACACAUCGCGGCUUAUACCGGUUCAAGCGGUUGCCCUUCGGAUUAGUUUCGGCUCCGGAAAUCUUUCAGCGUACCAUGGACGAGAUGUUGGCUGAUUGCGAGGGGGCGUAUUGGUACCUUGACGACGUAGGCGUUGAAGGCAGUACAGUAGAGGAACAUGAUUCACGUCUUCAGAAGGUUCUUGCUAGAUUCAAGGAAAAGGGAGUUGUUCUAAACUGGGACAAAUGUAAAAUGAGGGUAACAGACUUUGAGUUUCUGGGAUUCAAAAUCAAUCCUAGUGGAAUAGAACCAUCUGAUACGAAAAGAGAUGCUGUCAUGAGUUUUCGCAGGCCUUCAAACGAAAGUGAGGUAAGAAGUUUUCUUGGUUUGGCCAACUAUAUGGGGAAGUUCAUCCCUAAUUUGGCUGAUAUUGACGAACCGUUGCGAAAACUGACACAGAAAGGAAUACAGUUUCAUUGGGGCGAUGCGGAAGAAAAUGCGUUCAACAAGAUUAAGUACCACAUAGCAAACGCUAAAUCAUUGGGGUUUUAUCGAGCAGAAGACGAUACAGCUGUAGUUGCAGAUGCAAGUCCCCAUGCGCUAGGGGCCGUGCUGAUCCAGACCGAUAAGCAGACGCGUCAGUCACGGGUAAUCUGUUAUGCAUCCAAAUCGCUCACAGACACGGAAAGGAGGUACUGCCAUACCGAAAAGGAAGCACUAGCGCUGGUGUGGAGUGUGGAGCGAUUCCAGAACUAUUUGAUAGGCAAAGAGUUCAACCUUGUAACGGACUGUAAAGCUCUAACAUUCUUGUUUACGCCAUCCUCGCGCCCGUGUGCUCGCAUUGAACGAUGGGUGUUGCGGUUGCAAGGAUUCCAGUACAAGGUCGUCUAUACUGCGGGUCCAUCGAACAUCGCCGAUGUUUUAUCCAGAUUAUCCGUAUCGGAACCUAGAGCCUUUGACGAUUCGGAAGAACUGGUGGUUCGUGAAAUAGCAAGUACUGCUGCUACAGCUGUGGCGCUGAAAUGGCACGACAUUCAAAAGGCUAGCCAUGAGGAUGAAGUGAUAUGUCAAAUAUUCCAAGCCCUGGAAUCCGGAAUAUCUGAUCAACUACCGUUGCCAUAUAAAAUGAUUUUUGGAGAGCUUUGUCGGGUAGAUGAGGUACUAUUAAGGGGUGAUCGAAUCGUGAUUCCUCAAAGCCUCCAGCAAAGAGUACUGCAGCUGGCACAUGAGGGUCACCCAGGCAUGCGCAUUAUGAAGGGGCAUUUACGUGCAAAUGUGUGGUGGUCAAAAAUGGAUGCGCAAGUAGAACAAUAUGUAAAAACCUGUCGAAGCUGCUCCCUUGUAUCGGCUCCAAAUCCGCCCGAACCAAUGACUCGAAAAACACUUCCUUCUCGACCAUGGGAACAAAUUGCCAUUGACUUUUUGGGUCCUCUUCCUGAAGGAGAGUAUCUUCUAGUUUGCGUCGAUUACUACAGCAGGUAUAUAGAGGUAGUUGAAAUGAACGACAUUUCAACCUCAUCCACUACACAAGAGCUGCUAACAGUGUUUUCGCGCUAUGGAAUUCCUGAAUCUCUUCGAGCGGACAAUGGUCCACAAUUCUCUUCUGAAGAAUUCCGUAUGUUCUGCGAGGAAUACGGCAUUUGUUUGGUGAGCACUAUCCCCUACUGGCCCCAAAUGAAUGGUGAGGUUGAACGACAGAACCGCUCCAUUCUGAAGCGUUUGAAGAUAGCUCAAGAGCUUGGACGUGAUUGGCGUAAAGAACUGCGACAAUACAUGCUAAUGUACCAUUCGGCAGCGCAUUCGACAACUGGCAAAGCGCCUUCAGAGCUAAUGUUCGGUUGGCGCCUCCGAUCCAAGGUUCCCAAUGUGCCUACAGUCGACAACCAAAACGAAGCUGUGAGGGAUCGAGAUAUGUUGGAGAAGGAGAAAGGGAGAGUCUAUGCAGAUAACCAUCGAAAAGCAAAGUCCAGUGGAAUUGAAGUGGGGGAUACGGUUUUGGCUAAACGGAUGAGAAAGGAGAAUAAGCUCAGUACGGAGUUUACCUCGGAAGAAUUUACGGUUUUGGAUAAAAAGGGUACAGACGUAACGAUUCGUUCAUCAUCAUCUGGAAAAACAUACAACAGAAGUUCAGCUCAUCUGAAGGUCGUACCUAAAACAGGAUGCUCCGGAGAAGAUCCAAUGCUUCAGAAUCAGCUUGGGAACGAACCCGAGUUGCCUGUACCCAGCACAAGUACGGCCAUCCAACCAAGGAUAUCUUCUGCUGACACCGCCGCUGACAAAGCUCCUGAGAGGGCUUCUAGGAGACCAAAAGCUGAGUCUAGUCGAUUGAAGGAUUACAUUAUGUAUUGACGAAAGCUAUUGUUAUCAAUUUAUUGAAGGGUAGGGGUGUAGGGACCUACACUGAAUAAACACUGUACCUUUAACAUAAAUAACCUUGACUUUCAAUACAAGCAUACCUGUCACGAGCUAACUAACCUUAACCGAACUGACAGGAGGGGGAUUGUGUUUUAGCGACUGCGAGUGAUAGGACACGCGAAGGUUGGUGGCUGAGAUUCGACGGCUGUUAUCGGGACGAACGACGAGUAAUCGGAUCAUUCCC